GAAUGUAAGGCGUAGUCGUAGUUUUAACAUGGCGAUUCACUGACCCCGGCGUUUCUGGCUGACUAUCAAUCCUUCCUCUAGUAGUCUCAACGAACCAACUGAGCUACGUAAAAUUGCGCCCCCCUUGUAUAUCUUGGAUAACUUCGACAGCAAAGUAAGUCUGCAGGAAGCUCAUUUUUUUGGAUAUCAGUGGCCGCUUGUGCCUGGCCUUGUUCGGAGCGAAAUACGCGGCCAACAAGCCGUGAAUGCUACAGGGUAUUUCUCCCACACCAUUGCCUUCUGCAGAAGUUUACUUUGUAAACAGAACACAGUAGUAUGACGGCAAGACUUGUUGGUCGAAGGCUUUUUGCAACUAGGUCUGUUUCCGAAGAGUUCAAGGGCAAUAUGUACCAGCUCAUUGGCGGGGAGCCUUCCCCUUAUACUGGAAAAGUACGCUCGUAUCUCAUUCAUAAGAGAAUAAAGUUUGAACGAGUCCAAGCAACGCUUGAAAUUUACAGCGGUUUCAUCAAACCGCAGGUUGGUUGGACGGUCAUUCCAGUGUUGGUGGCACCUAAUAGGGAUGUUAUUCAGGAUUCAACAGACAUUAUUAAUUAUCUUGAGAAGAGGCAUCCAGAGCCAUCAAUCAUUCCUGAGGGACCAAGGCAAAGAAUUGCUGCUAAACUUCUUGAGCUUCUCGCUGACGAAUGGCUUGUACAACCGGCCAUGCAUUACAGAUGGGCAUUCCCAGAAAGUAUGUCGUUCAUAAAACAAGAGUUUGGGCGGAUGAUUAUGCCAAAAGAAAGUCAUGAAAGUCAAAGACAUAUUGCGGAGUCAGGAUAUGGGAAGUUUAAAGGAAUGCUGCCUGGUCUUGGUAUUACAGAGAAAACUGGUCCAGAAAUUGAGAGAAGUUGGAAAAGAUUAAUGUAUGAACUUUCUGAGCAUUUUGACAAACAUCCAUAUCUGCUAGGGGGUAGACCAUGUAUUGGGGAUUUCGCAUUUGGUGGAAUGAUCUAUGCUCAUCUGUUUAGAGACCCAGUACCAGGUUUUUUGAUGAAAACCACUGCACCAGUUUUGUCAGCUUGGUGUGAACACAUGAAUGGCAUAUUACCUGAGGCAAACAGGAGUAAUAUUCACACAUUAGAGAAUGGUUUCCCAGUUCGAGAGAAUCAUGAUUCAAGUGUAACUGAUUUCUGCGAAAAUGAUGAAAUACCAGAAUCCCUCAUGCCAAUUUUGAAACACAUGAUGAGUGAAUUUGCCCCUAUAUUGUUGAGUACAAAAAUAAAUUUGAUGGAUUAUAUUAAGAAUAAUGUUACAUCGGAGAAUCGGAAGCUCCCUAGACUCAUAGGAACUCAUCAGUAUACAAUUGGUGAUGUCACCGAAAGUAGAUCGAUAAAUCCGUUUAACAUAUGGAUGUGGCAACAAGUUACAGAUACUUAUCAGUCGCUGUCAAAAGAUGAAAAAUCGUCUGUAGAUAGUUGGCUGUCUUCAUUACCUCACGGUCAAGAUAUUGUUGCUGCUGAUCUCAGCCACUGUCGAGUCGCAAGAGAAAAGAAUUUUCUGCAUGUGGAUCCUUCAUCUUUUACAAUGUCAAAAUUAUGAUUUUAUUAAUUUAAUAUACUACUGUUUUCAUAUCACCUUUCCAAUCACUAUGUAUUAUAAUGAAAAAAUUUAUAAAUGUCAAUGUGCAAUUGUGCAUACUUUUUGUUCUUCAAAAUUUCAAAUGUUAUACUGUCAUUCCAAUUUUUUUCAAAUCAAUAGCAAAGGAUAUUUUAAUCAAAUUUUGUACGAGUUUCACUAUUUCUUGGGUAAAUCAUAAGCUCUAAUUCUCCAAUCAGCCAAGCAUAUGCCAACAUCCAAAUUAAGAAAUUAUAGCCCAUAUGGCAGGGCUACUCAACUGGCGGAACGCGGUCCGAAUCCGGACCUUUCGAGUAUUGGAUUUGGACCGUACCUAAUUAUUUAUUUUGAAUCAUUAGCCCCACUUUUUGGGCAUUUCCUAUUAUAAAAUGACUUUCAUAGUUUUGAAUAUAGGUGAAAAGAACUAUAACACCAUAAUAAACAAUCUUAUUUGCUAGUAAUCAUUAGUCUGCCGAUGAAGUGCGCGUUUAAGGAUGCCGAAAUAUAAUUUUUGGGAAGACAAGACCCAAAUAAUUUAAAGUUUUGUUUGCGGACCUUCGGAAAAAUAGUUGAGUAGACCUGCCGUAUGGUACAAUAUUGUUCGCUCCGGUCAAAAUGAAUAAUUUUACAUCUAAUAUUUUCCAGUAAUUACCAGACCAAUUGCCUGCCGUCAUUAAAUAUUUUUUCUCUCGGUAUAUAUCCAACUUAAUGUAAGAAAUCACAUUCGAGUUUUAUAAUCUGUUUUCACAUACAAUUUAUCAGUUCUGGUAAGGAUACGCACACUGCUGCUGACGAUUAGUCCGAGAUUUGAAAUAUAUUUAACCUUCAGAAUCUAGGCGCACAACCUGAACAUAGUAUGUGUACCAGGUUAGGGUUCUGGUUGUGAGCCUUCUUGUUGCACUUAUUUCGGGAGCGCCUCAUUCCGGACGAAAAGCAGUUCGCUUUUUCGGCAUGGUAAAAAAAACAAGAGUGCAACGCUCAAAUAUAUGGACACGUAGACCAGAGCGAAGCAGUCCUUUGUUCGCU